GGAUUGUCAAUUCCAGUCAUACGAUCUGUCAUCAUCGUUCGUACAAUGCGAAAAGGGAAGUUGAAAGAAGUGGGAGAGGGACAUCGCGGAGCCUUAUGAAAUCUAACGCUUCAGUAGCUGACCGGGGAUCCGACACGCUGCGAGGAGCUUGAAUUAUCGUUCCGGAGGUCUCGUUCACAACAACAAGCUUCUUCUUUUUGUAGGUGAGUGGCUAAUAUUAGCUUUAGCUGUGUAGAGGGCUCCUCCCGAUGCGGUCGGAGCUAAACAACGUUCGCUUACCGUACGCGACCAGUUCGCCUAAACGCGCGUCCUUACAGAGUCAGGAUCACUUGUCGUCAUAAAUGUGGAAUCUCUCAACCUCAGUAGCUUUUACAAGACCGCUUUCCCAAAUCCUAUCACAGUUUAAUGACACGAUGGAGCAAAGCUGUUAAAAUGCGACACCGCCGGCUUGGUUCGCGCCGCUUCGUCUGCAAUGCACAGUAAAUGGGGGCGAACUUUCUGCCGCGUCUGUUCGCUUCCACCGCUUGCUAUCCCAGGUUCUUUUAUCUGGCUAGCCGACACUGGAAGGGCCAAGCUAGUUAGCAUGGUAAAUUAACGUUAAACGGCCGAUUAAUCCGAAUCAGUCGGCAUGUAUCGAUCAUUGACACAUAUAUAUUAACCCAUUUGUUUAUAAAGACCAUCUGCAGCUCUUCUAAGCCCACUAUUUAACUAAGCAGAAUUAAUUUAACGUCAUGCUGCUAAGGUUAGCUAGCUGUCAUUAGCUGUACACACCCAAAACUGCAUCAUCUGUGUUUUUGUGACUCUCAAAUCGUCAUAUAAAUGACAUCUCUCUAAGGCGUGUUCAGUUAUGAGCAGACUGGAAGUAGCCCGACACAGACCGGAUCAAGUCUGGAAACAAGAAGAGAUUUGUUUUGGCUGUAGACAUUUAAAGUUAUUUGCUAGCCGUGUUGCUAACGCUAGCCCAGUCGGUACUGUGCUGAUUCCAGCUGAUCAACAACAACAUAACAGGUUAUUUGUGGUUCGCCGAGUGUCGUAACGCGAUUUCCACAAAGUUUACGUGAUUAUUUUCGGCCCCGGCCUCGUAUGCUGACUUGGUUACUGAUGAGAAAUAACCUCAUGUUGUUGUUUAGCUGAUUUUUACAGGCCACUCUCAACCUUGAAGCAUUUUUCUCGCAUAUUUGCUCAGGUUUGUGUAAUAACUACAACCAUCCCCGUUGUUUCUGUGUGUCUCACAUAACCUAGAGCUACAAGCAGGAGUUGAGUUGUCACGGCUCCACCAGUUAGUCCACUUUUGUUUCUCAUCUGUUGAAGCUGCAGUCAAAUUAAUGCAGGUGGGAAACUCUUGAGAGCUAAAGGUUACAUUAACUCAGACUUACUCUGUCAAACUAACUCCCUUAUUUGCAGGAAUAAUUAUGGCAACAGUUCUCCUCUGUUUGUAGAGAAAGACAGUGUAGCUGGUAAUUUGAAACUGUUGUUGACUCAGUGUGUCAUGAUCUAUAGUGAGAUCCCCUUCAUUGUCAUUGUUUUAUGUUGCCGACUGACAACUGCUUCAGAAGCACACAUUUUGAAGUAUUUCUGAGUUAAGGUUUACAGUUUUCCCCUGUCGGUAUCUUAUUUGCUUCCAAUCCUAAUCUAAUGAGUUAAAUAUUGAUUAUCUGCUCAUACAGAGUCCUGAUCUGACACUUGUGUUGCUGAGUCGAUACAGCUACACACCUUUUUUUCCUUGUUGUUUAAAGAUAAGUAAAUUAUACAAAUGUCCUCAGCUUGAUCCUUUAGAGGUGAAGCUCACAUAAAGAAAUCUAGAUUCCUAUGAGAAUAGUGUAUAAGCUUAAUUAACCUUCAGUAUGCGCUCACAGAAAUGAAUCUGUGCUGCAGUACAGUUAUUUAAAAAACAAGUGUACUUGGAUAGGAGUCAUAGAUCCAUUUGAAUUUAGUGUAAACAGACUUGGAUGGUCACAGCAAAACAAUUAACUCAGUAAAGCAAAUUAACAUCACAGUUCCACUUCAAACACACUGUUGAGCUAAAAUCUGACAAAAACCUGCAGUCUCCACCACAGAGACGGGCUGAUUGUCCAACGAGAUGAAUCAUUUUUAUAAUCUCGCUCAAAGAUAUGUGUCCUUUCUUUUAAACUCCAUAGUUUGUUGCUUUAGUGAACAUGCAUUUCGUCUCAUGUUCAGUUUUUAGAUGUAACAAAUUGGAAGUAUUGAACGCAGCUGUACUGCUACAACCUCACAAAACGAUCGUAGAGCUUUUAUCACAGGUAGCUCAAAAAUAUUCCUGUUUUAUGGUGUUCAGGUAUUGUGAUAAUGACUAAAAUGUUUUUUAUGCUUAUAGUAAAAUGUUUGGGACUCUGGGUUAAAAUCAACUUUUUCACAUAUAGUGGGAACAGUAUGAUGGAAAGUAUGAGAGGUUUUGAAACCAGUAAGCAGCCCAUGCCAGGCUGAGAUUAUGACCAGGACAUGCAUGGCUUAUGCCAUAGAUUUCUGAAUAUAAAUUAUAAUUACAACAUAAACCAUAUGUGCUGCUUCAGUACGAUUGAUUCGUACGUUUAUGAAUUUGUCUAUGAACAUGGAACAAGGGUGUCAGGUUAUCCAUCAGCUGCACACCUGAUACCCUUGUUCCAUGUUUGUUGUAGAGAAACAGCAUUUCUCUGUGUAGUCCCGUGUGUCUUUGCUACCAGGAAACCUAAGUGGGAGAAAAUGUUAAGUGAUGUGUGCGGUGGCUAGGGAGACAUAUUGACCUUAAACCAGGAGAAAGCCUUGUACUGGUUGCCGUUUGCGACCAUAAACUAUUUUAAAUCAAAUUAUGAAUAACACAAGGAGGAUGUUGCUGUUCUUUUAUGUGUGUCCGUGUAUAAAUGGGCGUGUGUGUAUGUGUGUGACAGACUCUGACACCCUGCAUUCUUUCUCUCCUGCUCAGGUAUUUUCUGCAGUUUUUCACCGCACAGCAGCGAGCAGAGGGAGAGACCAGACAGUGUGACAUGGCAAAUAGAGGCGGAGCCACACGACCCAAUGGGCCGAACGCAGGCAACAAGAUCUGCCAGUUCAAACUUGUGCUUUUAGGAGAGUCGGCUGUGGGGAAGUCAAGUCUUGUACUUCGUUUUGUCAAGGGACAGUUUCAUGAAUUCCAAGAGAGCACAAUCGGAGGUACGUGUCUGCACAAGGUCAUGUAGUAAACGGGCCGAUUACAAGGAUUUUUUUUAUCACUGUACUAUCAUCUAACUACCUAAUCACUGUAAUAAGCACUAAAUGUCACACUUAUAAUCUCUAAAGUACAUUGAACACCGUCUCAUGUGCCACAGGGCCUGCCCAGAAGAUACAUUGUAAAUAUGACAACAUAAUAAGCAUUUGUUGCAUCAGAUUGAGUAGGAAAGGAAACAUUACUCAGAGCGGAGGACAUGGGUGUCUGAAGGUUUUUAAUAGCAUGAUCAAACAAGAAGAGUAAUACACAGACUGUUCAUAAUAAUUAGGUGAAUUCCUGAAUGUCUGCCCCUCGUUUCAGAUGUACCCAGCAGUGUACGUAAGGUUCGAGCACUUUCUUAUCAUGUCUGCAGUCUUAUACUCAUUAGGCUUUGGUAAACUGACUGUGCUCUGCUCUCUGGAUAUCACAUAUUUGAAUCAAAUUCCUCCCAUUCCAUUGCAUUGCCAUUUUUGGACUCGAGUUUGGCCAAAUAAAUUUACCAGAGGACUCUUAAAACCCUUGACAGCAUGUAUCACACAGAGGAAAUGUGCCUCGACUAGAUGAUUUGACACAAAUGAGGCAAAGGUCCAGAGGAAGGAAUAUUUCAGUGCUAUAAAACAUGAUAUUAAGGCCAAAAAAUGGGCGUAUGGGUGGAUCCUUGGUCCCUGAGAUGUAGCAGAAGGUGAGAGCCUUGAGGUUUGUGAUCCGGGUUUGUGCAGGUGCGACCCCUGAAAGAGCAGAAGUGAAUAAAAGUUGGAGAAAACUUCCUUGUAUUACUAAACUGAAUAUAACUAACACAACUACAUGCUCCAGCUCCCUCUCAGAUUUUCAGUGGUUGUAUCAAACAGGUUAGACAUCACUAGCUCUCCAGUUUCCAAAUGUUGAAAUGUGGAAUAAGUGAACCAGAAAAUCCCACUCUCUCUCUCUCUGUUUGUAUUUCCAGCAUUGGUCCUAAUUUUUUACCUCCACUGUCACAUGUUUUGUGUAAUUCGGUAGCGACAGGCUCAUUUGUCAUUGGCUCCUCUGCUUUGUGCCCCUGCAGCUGCCUUCCUGACUCAGACAGUAUGUUUGGACGACACAACAGUCAAGUUUGAAAUCUGGGACACAGCUGGUCAGGAGCGCUACCACAGUCUGGCUCCCAUGUACUACAGAGGUGCCCAGGCGGCUAUUGUGGUGUAUGAUAUAACAAAUGAGGUGAGUCAGGUGCCAAGUCCUCCGUCAUGCAGUCGCUCUUAUCAGCACGGCUAUCACAGACCAGAACUGGAGCAGCUUUGACUGUGUUUACAUGUACAAAAUGUUCCAGUAGUUCGUCUCCCUCCAAAAACAAAGCGAAUCAAAAAACCAUGCAGCAGUUUUCAUGGCUAAUUAAAAUGAGAGCUCAUAUUGAUCCAAAAUAGUUUUUUAAGAUCUAAACUUUUGCUCGCUUGAUUAAUUGAAGCCAAGCAAACAGUCGCCUAGUUGGUUUGUUUGUGGCAGACAGAACUGGCCUUAACAGGUGAGGGGCUGUGGGCUCCAAAUCGCUGUAAAACCACCCAAGACACAUAUUCUCAAUUUAUACACUGGGCUACCAUGGAGUCAACAGAGGGGUUUGUAUUAUAUUGGAAAUUAAAAGUUUGUGGUCAUAGAAAGUCUUAUUUUUACUUCUUUGGUGGGGCGUGUCGUGCUUUGUCAAAUCUGCACUGUCUGGAAAUCGUUCAGGGAUAUUUCGUUCUAUUCUUGUGUGGAUUUGUUUGACAAAUUCAGCAUUUACGAACCAUGAGCAGAAGAAGAGGCAGAGACUUUGAACAUACAGGUUCGAGAAAAAUUUGCCUUCAAGGUGAAAAAUACGGAAACAAAUGAUUGGCAAGUGCAAACAGUCUGAGGCAGCGAGAAAGAAACACUUUCAAAGCUGGGGUAUAGAUUUAUGAUUGUCAGUUUUUCUGCUGUAUAGAAACAGAUUUUUAAAAGUUGAUUAUUAAAACCUGACACAAAUGUCUUAAAAUACUUUGGCUUUUGAAAUACUUGAAAAACUAAUAGCACUGGAACCUGUGCAGUCUUAUCAGUGAUGGGGGCAGCGGGGGUUUCCAUCACUAUUAGUAUUACUCAUGACAAAAGACAAACCUUAUUUUAGCCUCUUAAGUGAUUAGUCAUCAGUGAUGCGUCAGGGUUAAACAACGGCGUUUUGUUGAUCAUGUAUGUCACCUCACUCAGGCAGCGGUCACUUCACAGCAGGAAGGUUACUCAUGAUGAAAAAGUGUGAAAGGAGGAUGUGUAGAAAGAUUUCCUCUCACAAAGGAAACAUCCUCGUGGUCUUCACAGUGUCCGUUUCUAAAACAGAGUCCUCUUUUCAGUCUUUGGCAUUGAGAAAGUUUCAUUUAAUCAGUCAAAUAUCAUCAUUUAUUAAGAUUUUUCUCUGUGGAAAAUGUAAAAACUCUUGGACCAGUUUCAGGUGAAAACAAUCACACUGUAAAAUAUGUCAGUGUUGUAGCUGAUGGUCUUUUUGACUUUAAUAUAUCAUCAAAAGCAUCAAUAUAUUUCUUAAAAGUCCAAAAACUCUUCACUGGAGUAUCACCUGAAAGUCCUCACUGCAGUUUUGAUUAAUGUACUUUAAAGGUACGCUGUGUGCAGAAAGAGGUGUAUUAGUUGACAGCUAGCUGUCAGAUGCUAAAUUGAAUCAUCCCUUUCUCACACUCAUAUCUGAAGUGACGGUGGCCUUCAAGGACAAAAAGCUCCUGUGACGCAUACUGAGUGAUCCUCUGAUAUCAAAACGUCCAUUUGUACGAAUUCUGUUUCACAUAACGACAAACAUUCUUCUUUAUCCUCAAACCUAUGCGUCAUAUCUAACUAGUUUGUCUGUACUGUGCGACGGCUCCUUAUGUUCAGGGUUUCUGCUGGGUCUUUAAAAGUCUUAAAACGUCUCAAAUCCAAUCAUUUGAAUAAAAAUGUCUAAAAUUCUCUUAAAACCUCAGAAAAUGCCUUAAAUACAAAUUUGAAAGGUCUUAAAAAUGUAUUCAUGUUACUUACAAAUAAAGAUUGAUUUAAAGUUAGUUUAUUUUCCGUUCAUGUCUUUUGUACUUUAUGGUUAUAAAAUGGAUCUUGAAUUGUCUUCCUUGUGGUCUUUAAAAAAGUCUUAAAUUUGACUUGUUGUAACCUGCGUAAACUCUGUAUAUAGUUAAAGGCUCAUUUAAAGUCAACAAAUACAAAAAUACCCUUACAUUCAGGUGAUUAAAUUCUGAUUUUAAUUCACCAACGUGUUAAAUGAAGCUGAUAACGACACACUCCAAAAGUUCAGUGCUUGACAGAGCAGGAUAAUCCUGUCCCUGUACUCUGUGAAGUGUUGUGACUCACUGUACCUGAGCUGAAGAUGUAUGAUUCAUAAUUCAUCUACAGCCUCUCCACGCUCAGUCUCAGGGUCUCGAAUAGAUCAGACAAGCCUACUCAGAAACCAUGAGGAGACUCUGGAUCGUCCUCAUCAUUCUAUCACAUGGAUCUUAUUUUUAUUUGCACUAACUGAGUCAACCCCACCCACCCCCACCCCCCACCCCCUCCCUCUCCCUGUUGUGUUUGCCAGGAGUCAUUUGUGCGGGCGAAGAACUGGGUUAAAGAGCUUCAGAGACAAGCCAGUCCAAACAUUGUAAUAGCUCUGGCUGGGAACAAGGCUGAUCUCUCAAACAAGAGAGCACUGGACUUCCAGGUUUGUCUUCUUUUAAUCCCUCCUAAUGAACUGAAGGAUGUGAACAGAAGCAGAAACUCAGUACUCUGAAGGUUAUAUUAAUGUCUCUCUCACAGACUGAUUCUUAGUUAUGCUGAAAGAAUGAGAUCCGGUCUGUCCGCUUUUUAUCCUAUUUUUUACUCGCUACUGAACUUCCUCCAAACUUGACUUCCUCCAGACUUUCUGUCUUUAUCAAUGCAGAUUGGGAGGUACUUUCCAGCUGAGCACAGCUGAGCCUGAUGUGAAUUCAUGACUCACUGAUAAAGUUGGUUUCGCUUUUCACAGGAUGCACAGUCGUACGCAGAUGAUAACAGCUUGCUUUUUAUGGAAACCUCAGCAAAGACCUCUAUGAACGUGAACGAGAUCUUCAUGGCCAUUGGUGAGUUUCCUCUAUCUCUGUCACAGUUUUAAUAGUUGAUCAUAUCUUACAUUUAUAUUAGAUUGUUAGCAGCCUGCAAAAAUCCAAAACAAGCACAAUAGUGGAACCACGCUGCAAAUGGGAACAUCUGCUAUAAGUGCUGCAAAUACAGGGACGGUGCAAAGCAGAAAACAGAUGAAGAAAACCAGACAUUCAGGUUGCCUGUUUUUAACGCCUGUUAUUAUCAGACUGUUUCCAAUAAACACCAUCAGAGUGUCUGUGUCCGAUAACUACCUCCCUUGGUUAACUGUGACAAAUUACGGCUGCAUGAAAAUGAAAAAAGUGAUCGACUUCAUUGAGAAACCGUUAAUGACGGACAGAAAGCCUUUCUGAAUUAACCGCUGUUCAGUGUAGCUUCUGGGGUUGGUGUUUGCCUCACUCCAUUAUACUCUGACUACAGGGAUGAAGACGGCACAACGGGGACAAAAGACAAACAGGAGCCCCGUUAAGUCCUGCAAAAGAUCCACAGAUUGAUGUUUCAUUUGCAGCACAUUUCCACUCUUGUGUUUGCUUUAGAUUUUUGACCACUCGAAAGGUCCUCACAUAUGACAGAAAUUUACAACAUGAAAUUACGAAAUAUUCUGAGGCGAAUUUUGACGCGCCUGACUAUACACAUUAAGCGCGAUGUGAUUUUGCAACUUUCCAGGGGGAAAAAAGACGCGUCCCGGGUGGAAGCGAGAAGACUGACACAACAGCAGACUGACUGUUUUUCAGUUCUGAUUAGACUCUAGUGUUGAGAUGUCUGUCUGUCAUGAUAGCAUGUACUGAGUUGGGGCCAGUACCUGUCCGCGAUGUUGGAUAUACCGGUGAAUCUGACGUCGUAACAACACGAAAUCUGAUUGGUCAGAAGUGGAAACACAGUAUGAGAAAAAAUAAAUGUCGCAGUAUCGCAGGACGGGAAAACGUUGCUGAUGUGAACGCUUGUAUUGACAGGAUACGGGUUCGAAAAAAAGAUAUUGACGUCUGAAAUAAUCGCACGAAAAAAACACUCCCGGUGUGAAACGACCUUAACCGUUGCAGAUCUUUUGCCCCUGUUGGCCACCAUAGAAAAAAACAAGUUAUCAUUAGAAAAGAUGACGUUGAUAUUAGGAGUGUCCUGAUACGAUAUUGAUAUCAGAUAUCGGUCCGAUAUCAGCAAAAAUCGAAUAUGGGAUUAUAUCGGCCUGCAUCUAAAAUCUCCGAUAUCAGCACUCCAAUACAAGCAGUCCAUUCCAGACUCCGCUCCGGCGCCUCUGUCUAGCAGCACUCAGAUCCAGCAUGUAGAGCCCAUGUGAUCACAACAACAGUGUGUACUAAGGACCUAACAGAGUACCAAGGAGUAGAAGUGAUGUUGGCCCUGUGGCAGUAUUUUUCAUUUAAGUCCGAAAAAGACAUUGCAGCUGGGUGCAAAACUUUUCAUGCACAAUUUUGUGCUCAAUAUCGGUAUCAGCCAAUAUUAAAAGCUACAAUAUCGGUAUCAGCCAAUAUUAAAAGCUACAAUAUCGGUAUCAAAUCAGAGGUAAAAGUUGUAUCAGGACACCUCAAGUUGAUAUCAGUUUAGUGAGUGCUGUUGCCGAUGUGAUUCAUGUCGUUUCUAAACGUUCUUAAUCUCUUGUGUUUUUCUCUCUUUCCAGCAAAGAAGCUUCCCAAGAACGAGCCUCAAGCGGCCGGAGCUGGCACCGGACGGAACCGAGGAGUGGACCUGACAGAGACAGCUCAGCCCAGCAGCCGUCCCUGCUGCAGUAACUAACCCGGCUCUUCCUGCUCAUCCUUCCCCCCCAAACACACCCCCUCUCCUGUCCCUGUCCCCCCCUCCUCCCCCAACUGAACAUCUGGACAUCGGGCUCCUUGGCUUCCUGACGUCAGACCUCACUCCCCUGGAAUAGCUAAAAGACUCUGUAUAGCUGCAUUUCUAAUACCUUUUUUUUGUUGAUGUUCUCUUUUUGUUUUCUUUUUUUUAAACUUUUUUUAAGAAGUGUAUAUCAGUAUAAUGGAUGCAUGUAUCACUACAACGCCUAAAAAACACAUUUUUAUCUCUUAUUCAGUUCAAAGACUAACCCCAUUUAAGAACGAUGAGCGAGCGAAACACCCGUGAACGUGUGAUUGUGUCAUGUGUGAAUUUUCCGAGAGCGAUCUGCUGAUGAGAAGGUGUAGCCUCCCUCAUUUGUCACUUCACAGGGUUGACGAAACAUGACCGGCGCCGCCUGAAGUGCGUGUCUUCAGCGUAGGCGUGGUCAUGCUCACAAUCAGAAGAAAACCAAAAUUGUUCCCAUCUCGAGAUGCCUGAUUUUUCUGACUGUCUGUCUGUUGUGCAAACCAAGAAUCCUCCCUGCAUCGCGUCUGUUACACAAGAGGACGUCUUCAUCCCGAUGGAAAGAGUGGAAAAGAAGUUUUGGAAACGUCAGGGUUUUGAAACGGCUGGAAUAGUCAGGGGGAAAAAUAAUGUUUUUGAGAAUAGAAAGAAAAAACUCAAAACACAUCUGGCCUCUUCCAACGUGAACAACAAAGUCAGUGUGGUGGCGCAGAAACAUAUAAGUGAGGCUGGUGUGACAGGAUUUGAAAAUUUGUUGGGUGUUUUUUUCUACUUUGAGGUUUUGAAAAGUCUCGUAUGUUUCGGGAUCAUAAAGUCUCCCAGAUUGAAAUGACGACGUGGUUUUGUAGAAAAGAAACCGGGAAACCUGAAGACUGUCGAACAUCCUGCUUGCAAAGACUUCUAACAUCCGUGUGGUGAUGUUAAACUCUCGUCUUUGUUCAUCUGCUCUGUUUCUGUUCAGGCCAGUAAGUCAACCUGCAUCAGUUUGGGUGAUCUCAGUCAAAGUGGGGGUCUUGUUUUUUUUAGAGUAGAGUUCAGACUGCACACAAACAAAAAUUUGGACUAGUUCCCAUCGUCACAAGUCUGUGGAAACAAAAAAAUAUACUCUAAUGUUGUUAUAGGGUGCAAUGUUGUCUUCUUCCUCCUCCUUUAAUUCAGCUUGCAGAGCUCACUUGGACAUAAUUUAGAGAUCAAACAAUUGUACAGUUUAAUAUAGGUCUGCUUUUUUUUUUUUAUUUUGUUCUUAUUUUCAUCCUCGACCUUGUCACAAACUGGUCAAAUGUUAAGCAGUGGUGGUCUUUUUUUAGGUAUAUGUAGUGUUAUUAACAGAAUCCCUCUCUGGUGUCUUGUUACUUUUCUCAGAAAUGGUCCAUGGUCAUGUUUGAAAGGAACUUUUAUUGCAUUGCACAGUGUUGAUCAUGUUUUAAUUGAUGACUGCCCUUCGAUUUUAUAUGACGGACUGUAUUGGACUUUGCUAACCUCCAGCUAUAAGCAGGUAGCAUCAUUAACCUAACUGGUGGUCUCUCUCUCUUACAGCUCAAUGAAUUUUAAUGAUGUAAAACAGCAUUACUAGUGAUGGGCUGAUCAGUUUUGAGUGUCUGAAUACAACUUAAUAAAUUCAAUAAAGAGGUCUCUUGUACGCCUUCUUUGCCCGGUGUCAGUAACAUCA